AUGGCUUUCGAGGUUCCUCUAAGCAAUGUUGCAAAUGCUGUUUUGAACAAAAACGAGAUUAUUUUCGAAUUUCACCUAAAUGAUGAAGCUGAAGUUUGCUUAUCUGAAAUGCGUCUGUACACUCCGGGAACUGAAGCUGAUAGGGAAGGCAAAGCCCCUUCUAUAUAUUCCAAGGUUACUCAAAAGGCAGAUAUUAUUCAGGUUACGGGAGAUUUCUUGGUCGAAUUCAAACAGUUGCAGUGUCUUCAACCCCGUGGCCGUUAUGAUGUUAAAUUAUAUCCAAGUUUUAUCCAUUUGCAUGGCAAGUCUUACGACUUUAAAGUCCCAAAGAAUACUAUUACUCGGUUGAUGGUGCUUCCUCAUCCCGAUAAUCGGCAGAUAUUCUUUGCAGUUCAACUUGAUCCACCGAUCAAACAUGGUCAAACCAGAUAUCAUUUUGUGAUUUCCCUUUUCGACAAGGAUUCGCACAUAAACUUGGAAAUGGCUGCGACAGAAGACUGGCUUCAGGAGCAGUUCAAUGGAAAAUUAACUCGAAAUAUUUCAGGACCUGAAUAUGAAGUUGUAGCUCGCGUGUUCAAGGUUCUAUUUGAUCAGAAAGUUACAGUCCCAGGAAGCUUCUCUGCAAAAGGCGGUGGUUGUGCAGUUGCAUGCAGUUAUAAAGCGUCUGUUGGUUUGUUGUAUCCAUUAGAGAGAGGUUUUACAUUCGUUCCUCGUCCUCCAAUUUCUAUACGUUUCGAUGAAAUAGUAGCUGUACAAUUUUCCCGUGGGACGGGUGCUCAAAGGUCUUUUGAUUUUGAGGUGGAAACGCGUAAUGGUUUAACGCAUACAUUCACUUCUAUCGAAAGAGAUGAAUAUCAUCAUUUGUACGAUUUUGUAACUGCUAAAAAACUUCGUGUUAAAAAUAUCAGUUCAGAAAACAAAACUACUAAUCCUGGUGAUGACGUUUGGUCAUCAUCUGAUGAAUCACAUGAUGCUUACAUGGAGAAGGUAAAGACAGAAGCUCGAGAACGAACAACUGAAAUGGAUGAUGAAGAUGACGACGAUGAAGAUGAUGAAGAUUUCAAACCACCGGAAUCUGAUGGUUCUGAACUUGCAGAAGAAUAUGAUAGUAAUGUUCAAACAACAACAAGUGAAGAUGGAUCUGGAGACAACGAUGAUGAUGAUGAUGAUUCGGAGGAGAACAAAAGUAACACUAGUAGUAAGAAUACUACUACACACAAGAAAAAAGAUAAACGAGACAAUGAUAGUGAUGGAUAUGAAGACAGCUUGUCAAGUGUAAGCAGUACUAGUGAACCUAAACCAAAACAAAAAAAAUUGAAAGAAGAACCAAAGAAAUCAACAACUAAACCCCGUAAAGAUGAAACAAAACGACAAACAACAAAAAAGCAAAAAAAACCUAAAGAUCCUAAUGCACCAACUCGUCCACUUUCUGCUUAUUUCUUAUGGUUUAAUGAGAAUAGAGAGAAAAUUGCAAAAAGUUUAGAUGGACAAAAUUCUGUUGCUGAAGUAGCUAAAGCUGCUGGAGAGAUUUGGCGAAAUAUGGAUAGUACAGUAAAAUCAGGUUAUCAAUCAAGAGUUGAUGAAUUAAAAAAGAAAUAUCAAGAAGAUUUACGUAUAUAUCAAUCAAAUUUAGCGUCUUCUAAAGAACCAGAUUUAUCACCAGAUUCUAGUAGUUAA